AUGUCAAGCCAGCAGAUAAACAUGGACGCGCUGGCCGAGUUCGACGCGUUCGCCGGAUUCCUUCUCAGCGCCCCCAUCAGCCUCCUCUUGUCCACCCUCCUCCUCGGCAUCCUUACCCUCCUUGUGGCCUCGGCCUCAUUGUCUGUAUACCGUGCUCCGCGCACGCUCGAGUCGCUGCUCCAGCUCGUCACCCUGCUUGCCCUUCUCGCCUCCACCGUCUCCUACUUUGCGUACACCCUUCGCUAUGUCCUCGCCUACACGACGUUCAUGGGCGCCACCGCCGUGGCUGCCACUGCGGGUACCGCCUCCGAUUCGCUCAGCGCCGCGUCGGUGCUCCUGGCAGGCAAACGGUGGUGGGCGGCGCUCAGCUCGGUCACCGUCGUCAACGGUGUAAUCGGGAACGCGGUCGGGUGGUGGCGGACGCACGAGGCAUGGCGGGGCUCGCGGUGCGUGAGGUACGUCGGUGCGGGGUCGUUGGCUGUCAUGGUCGCACUUGGCGCUGCCUCUGCGGCACUCGCGCGGGCCAACCCCGACGAGAGCGCGCCCAUCGUCCCCGGGGGCGCCGCGUUCCGGCUCCGCGUCGCGUUCGCGGUCUUCGCACUGUGCUCGAGCGGGACCGCGGCGGCGCUCUCGGCGAUGAAGAUCGCGGAGGAGCGGGAGCGGCUCGCGCGCGCGGUCGCGAAGCCGUGGAUGAUGCACCGCGCGGCCAUCGUGGGCUCGCUGGUGCUCGAGUCUGGCGUGCUCUACUGUGGGCUCUGGGCGAUCGUGCUCGGCUACAGCUCAAGCGUCCAAGGCACUAGCAGCGCGUCCGCGCUCAACUCCGUGCUCUACCUCGCCGGGCUCGCCGUCCCGCUCCUGGCGAUCCACCCUGCACUGGUCAUCUUCCUCGCCGCCGCCGACGUCUCGUACCUCUCUCGGCGCGCGAUGGAGGCCGCGGUCUUCGGUUCCAUGCGCGAUCCGACGCGGCGGCCGCUCGACAGUCUCGUGUUCGUGCGCUCACAGAAGAGCACCAUGCCGGUCGAUUCUACCGCAUCACGGCUCAGUCGGGUCGAAGAGUCGGAAGGGGGCACGGCGUCGGGGGCGGACAGCAAGACGAACGUCGGGGAAGAGCUGCAGUGA